CGUUUAAUUGCCCGCUGUCACAUUUUCCCUCACACAGCGCAUUAGCGCAAAGCCCCGAGAGGCGGCAAGCCCACCCCAGUGUCCUUGGCCACCCGGGGCCACUGGGAGGCCCGUCCACACCAUUCGUUGUCGACCCACAAUGCGCUCCUUCCGAGCUAGCGCAUUUGUACGAAGGUAGCGCCGCCCACCCAAGAAAUCAAGAAUAGGUAGGCUGGCGCAUUGUGCUCGCAUUGAUAUCGUGGGUCUCAUGGAUCUAGUGGGUCCCCAGGGCGGGAGGGUGUGCUGGCCUGUGCCCACCAGGGCAUGCAGGCCUGGCUCUGGGCAAUCAAGAGACGCAUCCAAGACGAGGAGGAGCCAGGCCCAGUCUGACAUGGGAUCGUCGGGGCCAAUGAAGCCACAGCAGACAGCGACACCACACAAUCCGAGGGCGGGCAGGGAAUCCUGGGCAGCUGGGCAUCUGCGUUCUAGAGAAUUGGGGCGGCGGAGCAAUCCAGUUCGACCAGUCAGUUGCCGUUUCGACAAAUAUCAACGAACUGCAAGCCCGCAUUUCUGCUUGAUGCCUCACCACACAUUGCCUACCACCACCACCUCCUCCUCCUCCUUCACCACCACCCCCUUCUUCUUACUGGACGCAGCCUACAGUACAGUACUUCGUCCACUGCACCCACGCAACCACAGUCGAACCGUCUUCUCCCCCCUCCAUUUUGUUUCUAGACGCUCAUUAAAAACUACCCUUUCUCUCCCGCCUCUCUUCUCUUUCGACUUCCUUCUGCUCCCUUGCUGCCAGUGCUGUGGGAGUCGUGUCCCUCCUCCUGUCGAGAAUCACCUACCUACCGUUCUGUUCACCAACGCCCGGGCCACAUGUGGAGUCUUCGCCCCUUCUCCCAUUGACGCCCAACCACUUGCCGCCAUCCAUCUCGCCUCCUCCACGGCUUAUCCACGGCUUGACUCGUUCACUCGAGCUCGGUCACCUUUGUUGCGACCCGGGACUUUCAAAUCAACCCAGGAGCUAUCUUCCGAGCCAUCCGUCGGAACAAAGGACUUUUUGCUUUUCUCUUGAUUCCGCCAUUUUGGUCUAGAGGAUAGUGCCGUUCUUGGGCUUCAAGGAUCCCAUUUCCUCUACUCUAAAAAAACAGUGCCGUUUUCCAUUU